AUGAAUUCACAAAAAAGAAUAAUAACAAACGCAACAAAUUCCCCCCAAAAACAACGUAUUAUUCGAUUCCGUCUUUCCAAUGGUCGAAAUAUUGAAUCUUUUGCUGAAGUUCUCCUAAGAGAGGAAAAUUCACGUUUAGCUGAAUGGGCUACCAAGCAAAAUUUUGUUGACUGUUCCCACCGUGAUCCAAAAAUCUUUCGUUUACUAAUCAACUGUCUAAGACAAUGUGUUGCUCCAGGAGGAAUUUCAAACGGGAAAAAAUUCAUUCCACCUGAAGACUUUACAGAUUGGAGAUCUUUAUUAUCUGAAGCUCGUUAUUGGGGUUUAUCUGUAGUUGAACGAAUAAUUAGAGAUGCAAUGAAUGCUUCGUCUACAGCGGUUAGCACAAUAACUAUUGGAUAUCACGGUACAUUGGCUGCUGGUAGAGGUGGAUUUGAAGUGAAUUUUCGAAGAGUUGAUCGAAUUAUGAUUUGUGGAAAAGCUCGUGCAUGCCGUGAAGUAUUUGGCCGGUUUUUAAACGAAACUCGUGAUUGGAAUAUGGAUAGUCAACGUUAUACUAGCCGAUUCUAUUUAACCCAUCAAUUUGUAGAGCAAGCAUUUGAUGCUUUAGCAGCAAAACGUUAUAAACUCGUUUCAAGUAAUUGUUCCGGUCCAAGUCUUUCUCACGCCAAAAAUGUGGUAGAAGAUGAACCAAGUUUUGCUCAUUAUAGACAACAUGUUUUUACUCGUUAUAUGUGA